AUGGAGAAGUCGAAAAACUUCAGAAUCGACGCCCUGCUCGCCGACGAGACCAACCGGAGCCACCGAGACCUGUCCCCCUGCCUGAGCAACGACAGUCCCGGGGGCAGCCCGGUGUCCUGCCGCCGUGCCAACACCCCCUCCCCGCGCGCCGCCCAACUCCAGACCGGAAUAAUCCCCAAGCCCAGUGUCCUCAACCUCCCGCACCCGGGUCUCGCUUCUCUCCCCCAGGGGGCGAUCCCCGGUAUGUACCCCGCGCCCAUGUACCCGCUGUCGGCUCUGGGUGGGCAGCACCCCGCCUUCGCGUACACGGGCUUCACGCAGCUCACGCAGACCUACCCGGAGCACCUGAAGGCGGCGGCCAUGGCGGGGUCUCUGCCCCUGGAGCACUGGAUCCGCGCCGGGAUCAUGAUGCCACGGCUGCCAGACUACAACACGGGCCCUCAGUCCGGCCUGUUGGGGAAAUGCCGGAGGCCCCGCACCGCCUUCACCAGCCAGCAGCUCCUGGAGCUGGAGAACCAGUUCAAGCUGAACAAGUAUCUGUCCCGACCCAAACGCUUCGAAGUGGCCACCUCGCUCAUGCUGACUGAAACGCAGGUCAAGAUCUGGUUCCAGAAUCGGAGGAUGAAGUGGAAGCGCAGCAGGAAGGCCAAGGAGCAGUCCGCCGCCUCCAACCCGGCCGACGGCGAGCGGCUGCGCGGGGGGGGGAAGGCGGCCGCCGACAAAUCGGAGGACGGAAGACGAGCCGCCAACCCUGACGACCGAGGGAUCGAUCUGGGUUUGGAGGACGGAGAGGAUGUAGAGGAGGAGGAGGAGGAGGAGGAAGAAGAAGAAGAAGAACAAGACGAACCCCGACGUGUGUAUCCCGUUGCUCUGGGCAACAGAGUCGGCAUGCCACGCUCCACAGACUUCUUGCAGCGGAGCAGCAGCCUCGGCUACGACCCCCACAGCCCGUUCUCCGACGAGGAGCUGGAGGGGGUGCAGGUCGGAGGAGGAGACAGGAAGAUCGGGGCCGGACUGUGA